AUGAUUUACAGCAAAAUCUUAAGGGGUAUAAUUAUAAGUUACACCAAAUCAAUAUCGAGUAACACAAAUGGAACUAAUAGAUCAUCUAGGUCUAAGAAAAGUACAGAGAGUCAAUUUGAAAGUUUGCAUAAGAAUGGAGUCAAAAUAAAAGUUUUGGGUGAUGAAAUAAAUUCAAAUCCUGCUAUUGUGUUGAGUAAUCACUCAUCUUUAGCCGACUUUCUUGUAAUUCAACAUUUGUCAAGAUUAUCCACAAAGUCAGAUAAAGAUUCUAUUAAGGAAUCAUGUCAAACAGAACUAUCUUUACCGGUAGUUAAUUUCUUUUCAUGGUUUUUAGUUUGGAAAGUACCCAAUAUCAAGAUAUUAUUUAACUUAUUGAAAACUGAUGAGAAUUGGGAAAUUGAAGAGAAAUCAAUUUUGUAUAUCUUUGCUAAAUUUUUGAGGAGUAAAUUCUCAGAAUGGAUUGUUCUAUUCCCAGAAGUGAAUAUAUGGAGUGAAGAUAACUAUAGGUUGCAACAACAAGUUGGUCAAAAAUAUUUCUUACCCAAAUUAAAUAACGUUUUAUAUCCAAGAUACCCUAGUUUCUACAAUAUUAUUACAGCUUUAACAAAGUUCAAACCACAUCCAUAUACAAAUCUAUAUGAUUUGACUAUCAUUUACUGUCGUCCAGGUAAGACAAGUACAGACUCAUAUUAUCUCCCUCCAACGUUGUUAGAGAUAUUUUCAUCUCAAGAACCAAUUACAAUACUAGUCUAUAUUAAACUCAGAUCCUUAGGUAGAAUACCACAUAAAAGAAAGAAAUUAGAAAGAUAUUUGGAGCAUUUAUGGGUUCACAAAGAUAAAAUCAUAACUCAAAUUAAAAAUGAGAAUAAUAAUUAUAUUGCUGCAAAAAAUUCUGCUACACCUAAUACUACAACAACUAAAACCAUUAGUCAUAUUAAUAUUAAAAAUUCAUCAACAUCAUUCCUCAAACUAAAUAAUAAGAAAAAACAAAAUAGCAAAUAA